AGUAAAAAUAGUAUAGUCUAUGGUCUGAUUAAGCUAUUAUAGUCUAUGGAAUCUGUCUUUUGUAGAUUUGUGUAAUGGCGUCUAUGAAUUGUGCUAUGAAUACAACUCUUGAAUGCAGAUCAUCUUUUAUUUAAUAAAACAUGGCGACAGCGGUGGAUUUUGGGAAAUUGAUAACCGAAGGAGACAUGUGUGUCAACUGGGCGACGUUCAGAAGAAGGUUUGAAACAUACAUUGCGGCUUACCAUGCUGAUGCCAAAGAUGCACAAAAGAUUGGAAUAUUACUGUACCACGGAGGAGAAUAUUUACAAGAUGUGUAUGAUACUAAUAUGCUCAAGACAGAAACAACUAUUGACAAAAUACUCAUCAGAUUAGACGAAUAUUUCAUACCGAAAACGAACUUAACCUACGAACGUUACAAGAUGUUUACGAGGAAACAAGACCAAGAAGAGACAUUCGAACAAUAUGUUACGGCCCUUAAAAAGUUGAGCCAGUCCUGCAAUUUUGGAUCACUAAGGGACGAAAUAGUCAGAGACUUAUUUAUUUGCGGCCUGAGAAAUCCGGUACUGCAGAGACAAUUACUUGGGCUCAGCGAGUUGUCACUAGAAAAGGCAGUAGCAAUAUGCCGCCAUCAUGCGAUUGUAGAUGAACAAGUUAACCAAUUUGAAAAGGUUGGCGAAAUAAAAGUGAAAAAGGAAGUGGAAAUAGACAUCAUAAAGAAGAAAAUGAAUAAUAAGGAGUGCCAAUAUUGUGGAUUUCGACAUGAAUAUGGUCGGUGUCCAGCUUAUGGAAAAACGUGUGCCAUCUGCAAGAGGAAAAACCAUUUUGCAAAAAAGUGUAGAUCCAAAAAAGUCAACAUAUUGGAAGAGUCUUGUGGGAGUGACACCGAGUACCAAGUGGCAAUUCUAGCAUUGGACCAAAAAACAAAAUAUCCCUGGUACUGUGUUAAACUACAAAUUAAUAAGUUAUUAAUUGACUUUAAGGUUGACUCUGGGGCACAAUGCAAUGUGUUAAGUGAAAAACAAUUCUUAAAAUUAGGAAAAUGUUCUAGUUUACAAAAAACAAAUGUCAGAAUUACUUCUUUCACUAAUGGAAAAGUUCCAAUUAUUGGUAAAUGUGUACUUACUUGUCAAUACAAAACAGAAUCUUAUCCAAUUGAGUUCUACAUUGUCAAGUCAGAUUGUUAUAAUUUAUUAGGCUUGGAAACUUCAGAAGUUUUAGGUCUCAUUAAACGGGUCGAUGAAGUUAAUAAAAGCUUGAACAGCUUGGAGUCAGUUAUUCCAGAAAGAUAUCAUGAUUUGUUUGAUGGGAGUAUUGGAUGUGUACCCCAUAUAGUCAAAUUGGAGGUAAAUGAAGAUGUCAAACCAGUAGUGUCUCCUGCUAGGAGAUUACCUUACAGUUUGAUGCCAAAAGUGAAGCAAGAACUGGACAACCUAGUGGAAAAAGGAAUUAUUGCUAAAGUUGCUGAACCAACAGACUGGGAUAUUGACCGGGUGGCUACGUUUCAAGAUGAUGUGCUGUGUUGGGCGGAGUCAGAGGAAGAAUUGCAGAACAUUUUGAUAAAGGUAUUAAACAGAGCUAAAGAAAAUCAAAUUAAGUUUAAUCCUAAAAAGUGCCAGUUUUUUGUAGAUCAAGUAAAUUUCUUGGGACAUGUUAUUGGACAGAAUGGUGUAAGCAUUGAUCCAGAGAAAGUCAAAGCUGUAACUGAGCUGGCACCACCAAAAGAUAAAAAGUCAUUGCAAAGGGUACUAGGAAUGUUUAACUAUCUUUCUAAAUUUAUUCCAGGAUAUGCAGAUAUCACAGCACCAUUAAGAAAUCUCUUGAAAAGCGAUGUUGAUUAUAGAUGGGAACAUAACCAUGAGAAGUGUUUUGAGCAACUUAAAGAUUACAUAACCAAGGCACCAGCUUUAGCAUUUUAUCAGCCAGAAAAAGAAUUGACACUCAGUGUAGAUGCGAGUUCAUUGGGAUUGGGUGCAGUUUUGCUCCAGAAUGGGUGUCCUAUUGCCUAUGCUUCAAAAGCACUAACAGAUGUUCAAAUUAGAUACUCACAAAUUGAGAAAGAGUUGUUGGCCAUUUGCUUUGGAGUAGAAAAAUUUAAACAAUACAUAAUUGGUAGAGAUGCAGUACGAGUUGAGACUGAUCAUAAGCCCAUAUUAGGAGUCAUGAAUAAACCAUUAUGUAAAGUACCUGUGAGGCUUCAGAAAAUGAUGAUGCGGUUACAACCCUUUCAUCUGAAUGUUGUAUACACACCUGGAAAAUACUUAUAUAUUGCUGAUACAUUAUCAAGAGACUUUUCUUUAAGUGGGUGUGAUAUUGAAACCAAUCUUGAGCAGGAUGUAGAGUUGCAAAUUUGCCUGUUACUGCAUAACUUACCUGUCACAGUUGAGACCUGGCAGAGAAUUUCAAAGGCAGCUGAAAAUGAUAAGGUUAUGAUUAGACUAAAAGAGAUGUGUUCUAAUGGUUGGCCUAAAAUAUACAAAGAUAUUGAAGAAGAUAUGAAGGCAUACUACCAGCAUCGAGAUGAAAUAGUUUUAGUGAAAGAUCUAUUGUUUAAAGGCGACAGAAUCAUCAUCCCAAGAAUACUGAGACAAGAAAUGUUAAAAAGCUUGCAUACUGGUCAUCCUGGCAUUUCAAGAAUGGUGAGUAGAGCUGAAUUAACUAUGUAUUGGCCUGGCAUAGUACAAGAUAUAAAGAAAUUUGUAAAAGGUUGUGAAAUAUGUCAAAAAUAUCAGAAUAAUAAACAAAAAAUGGUUCUCAAGUAUAAGGAAGUCCCCAUGCUACCUUGGCAAGAGGUUGGAUGUGAUAUUUUUGAGUUUCAUCAAAAACAGUAUCUUGUGGUUGUGGAUGCUCUGUCUAACUACAUUGAGGUAAGCAGCUUAAAAGAUUUAAGAAGUGUAACAGUAAUUAAUCAGUUGAAGGCUAUUUUCUCAAGACACGGCAUACCUUUGAUUCUGUAUUCUGAUGGUGGAUUGUGCUUUGAUUCUGAAUUGUUUAAGACAUUUGAGCAUGACUGGAAAUUCACACACAUAAAAUCAAGUCCGCAUUAUCCAAAAUCGAAUGGUUUAGCUGAGAGUGCCGUUAAAAUAGUAAAGAAAAUAUUCAUAAAAUCAGAAGACAGCGGUGAAGAUCCUUUACUUGCCCUCUUACACCAGAGAAAUACACCUAGAGGUAAAGUAAACUCACCAGCAACAAUUUUAAUGGGGAGGCAGCUGCGGACGGAUAGUCCAUGUUCUUUUGUGACUCUGAUCCCUAAACUUACUUAUGAUAAAGACAGAAUAUUACUAAAUAAACAAAAAGAUUCUUCAAAAACUAACUAUGACAAGACGGCAAGUAAAGGAAAUGUUUUCAAAGAAGAUCAGUUAAUUAGUUUCAAAAAGAAACCUAUGGAUAAGACAUGGUUAAAAGGAAAAAUAAUAAAGAAGUGUAACAAUCCCAGGUCAUACAUAGUAGAAAAUGAGGAAGGAAAUAGGUAUUGGAGAAAUGAAGUUUUCAUAAGACCACGAGAAGUACAGGUUGACACCCAGACGGCUCAAACACUUGAUAAUAUGCAAGACAGUCAAGACGCCCAGAUGGCUCAAUUUGCACCAAAUGAGACAUGUACGGGACCGUGCUUACAAGAAGAAGAUGAACAGAAUAAAUCUGAAAUAGUGGUAACUGACUCCAAUGCACAGCUUCCGAAAAUGUCAAGAUCAGGUAGAUUAAUUAAGCGUCCUAUCAAAUACUCUGAAACCUAUUAAAUUUAUAGUAGCUCUUUGGACUUGCUGUAAUUGAAAGUAAUGUUAAGCUUAAAGUGUUAAGUUGUAGUAUUAUUAUGUUCUAAAUAUUAGGCAACCAGAACGUAAUGAAUGUAAUAGUUUAAGUUAUUCAUUAUAAAUUAGCUAUGUGGAAAUUUAAAGUUAACAAGUGUUAUUUGCAAUUUGUAUACAUAGGUGAGAUUAAAGCCUUGCUUGAAAAUUAAAGAAAGGAAGAUGUUGUAAAAGUAAAAAUAGUAUAGUCUAUGGUCUGAUUAAGCUAUUAUAGUCUAUGGAAUCUGUCUUUUGUAGAUUUGUGUAAUGGCGUCUAUGAAUUGUGCUAUGAAUACAACUCUUGAAUGCA